AGCAAAUUUGACAGUUGUGUCAUGCGUGACACGCAAUCAGCUGGGCCGAAUGUGAAAUGGCUGCUGUCAGUCGGUCAGUAGUGUUUGGUUUGGUGGUCUUUCGUUGCGAAAACGCGAUAGUGAAUAAGAAACAAUGUGAUAAAUAAAACUGACGAAUGUCAACAAUAAUUCAGCACAAAAUCACUCGAAUAGAUAGGAGCCAGAGGAAAUCCAUCAUUUUUUCAUUUUGCUUGGAAGACAACUUCAGAACAAUACAAUGCACAAUAUUUAAGAAAAAUAAUUCACAAGCAUUCAUAAAGAACCAUAUAUUUGGGAUAUGGCCACAAUGAUGUAUCCCACUCUGACCAAAUCUCAGAGCAUGAGAUCGAAACGCAAAUCAGCCGUGGAGCUUCUGGCAGAGAGUAAACCCCUAUAUGUGAAGUCGGAGAUUGUGAGAGACAAUACACAGGUCUUGCCAGUUAGGCCUGCACCCAACUUUGCUGUCGGAUAUGGGACAUAUACAAGGAGCAAGUCAGUGAAUGUCACCAGUCACACAACAAACUAUAGACCCACCACUCUUCCACAAUAUAUGGCUGUAUCGCCGUCGAGGUCCUUGCCGCCGCUGUCGCACCGGAGAUCGGUGCAUUCGGGGAGCAGCGAUCUCCUUCAGAACAAACUGCGGCAGCUGUUGGUUUGCGACAGUGCCGAGGAGUUGAGCGUGGAGCAGAUGGCACCGCUGAGUCCUCCUGCUGAGUACGCUCAGCGGUGUCACAAGAGCUUACCGGAUCUGCACUGCAGAGUUGAGCCCAGUUCUAAUAAGAGCAGCAAUAAGAGCCUCUCAAAUCGAGAUAGCGGCGGCUCCAGCGGUCACUAUACUCAGAGGAGCGAACCACCACCACCACCGAGACAAGAGACUAGAAGAGAUUCGGGGUCAAGCACUCAACAUAGCGGCGGCAGUUCUUACUACUGCUGUCAAGAGCCAGAAUGCAGAUCUCGGCAGGCUUAUCCACCGCCUCCAUCAACGUUUAAACGACAAAAGUGUUUACGGUACAAGCGAGAUCGUCCCAUCUUGCGUUCGAAAUCUGACAUCAGCGACAGAUAUUGGAGGCCACCAGAGCCACCCAUCAGCCACUUGGAGCAAUUCUUCGAGCAACUAGGAUUGACAGGCGACAGCUACGAAGACAUGCUCAGCCUCAGCCGCUCCUCGGAUAGUCCGGUGUACUUCUCCGACGUAUCCACGAUCGAUUCCAGCAGACCGCUCGACAAUGGCGCAGAUUAUUGCCAGUCUGCAAGCACUUAUAGGCCAAGCGAGCCGCCUUCCAUUGUCGAACGAAACGCGAGGAUCAUCAAAUGGUUAUGUAAUUGUCGCAAGUCGCAGAUGUUGUGAGACAUGCAUCUCAAGGAGCGACUGGCGAGGCUGGUUGUCGAAGAUGGAAGUGGCUCCACCACGUCCUCAUCCACGCCCACCAGUAGCACCUUCAGUCCCCUUUAUUCUCCCAAGGAAAGCUCAUUCCUUUAAUACCUUCACUCGAAAAAGAAAAUUAAACUAAAUCAUCUUCACACUACACUUUAGACAGGAAUCAAUUAUAAUCAAAGCGAAUACUUCUAUUCACAUAAUAAAGCUACGAAAAUUUGAAAAUGAUAUCAAUAACUCCCCUUUAAAGAUUU